GAUCGGGGCCAUCUCCUGCUCUCCUCACUCAGGGCUGAACAAGUGUUUAAGGGAAUCGUCGACGCAACAUUAAGUCACCAUGUCAAACCGCAGCGGAAUGUCAUCGUAUUCCCUCUCCUCUACGCCGGUCCGACGGGCCACCAGCAUGUACGCCGGCUCCAGCGGUAGGAGCACGAAGAUGUCCUAUGGCUCCGGCGGGAUGUCCUAUGGCUCUGGUGGGAUGUCCUCGGGCAUGGGCAUGGGCAUGGGCAUGGACCUGGGGUCGUGGGCCACCGGAGGAACGGUGGACGGCACCUUCUCCGUCUGCGGCAGCGAGAAGGUCACCCUGCAGAAUCUCAACGACCGCCUGUCCACUUACCUGGACAAGGUGCGCUCCCUGGAGACCGCCAACGCCCAGCUGGAACGUCAGAUCCGCGAGUGGUACGACAGGCAGAGCCCCACAGUGAGAGACUACAGCAAGUACGAGAUAAUCAUUGCCGAGCUGCGCAAAAAGAUUAGUGCUGCUGCCCAGGACAAUGCCAGGUUGAUGCUGCAGAUUGACAAUGCCAGACUGGCAGGAGAGGACUUCAGAAUCAAGUACGAGAACGAGAUGGCCGUGCGCAUGUCCGUGGAGGCGGACAUCGCCGGACUGCGCAAGGUCGUGGACGACCUGACCGUCGCUCGUGCCGACCUGGAGAUGCAAGUGGAGGGUCUGACUGAAGAGCUCGGGUACCUGAAGAAGAACCACGCCGAGGAGCUCGCAGCCUUGCGAAACCAAGUGAACUCCAGCUCUGUCAACGUGGAAGUGGACGCAAGACCUCAGGAGGACAUGUCCAGGACCCUCGACGAGAUCAGGCGGCAGUAUGAGGCCAUCACUGAGAAAAACCGCCGCGACAUGGACAACUGGUAUAAAGCAAAGUUUGACGAGCUGAACAAGCAGGUUUCAAACAGCACGCAAGUCCUCCAGACCUCCCGCAGUGAAAUUAGUGAGCUGCAAAGGACUCUGCAGGCCCUGCAGAUUGAACUGCAGUCCCAGCUUAGCCUGAAAUCGGCCGUGGAGAGUCAGUUGGCAGAGACCGAGUCUCGUUACAGCUUGCAGCUGAGCCAGCUCCAGGCCAUGGUCAACGGCCUGGAGAACGAGCUCAACAAUAUGAGGUUGGAGAUCGAGAGACAGUCAUCGGAAUACCAGAUGUUGCUCGACAUCAAGACCAGGCUGGAGUUGGAGAUCGCCGAGUACAGAAGACUGCUGGACGGGGAGAGCGUGAAGACCGUUCAAAUUGUCAAAGAAAUAAAAGCCCAACCAGUUAUAACCCAGAGAAAGAGAGUGGUGAUUGAGGAGAUCAUUGAUGGAAAGGUGGUCUCUCGCACAGAAGACGUGGAUUCACAGGUCAUCUCAAAGUAGACCGGAUCCCAACAGACCUGAGUUAAAUACUAAGCUUCAAAAGAACAUCGGAAUUAUUUGAUCUCCAAGAAGAAAUGUUUUGGAUUCUAAAUUCAGUUGCCAAACUUCACAAAAGAAAUGAACCAAUCAGGUCUGAAAUCUGGCUCAUGCUACUUUGAAAAUUGCCAAUAAAAAAUAUUGGUGCGAGAAAAA